GGAGACAAGCUCGAGAGGAUGAAGGAGCUGCUCCGAGUGACAGGACUGUGAGGGAGCCGUAGUUCCAGCUCGGGCUUCGUGAGACCAAGCCGCCGCCAGGCUGGGGGCCCCCCCUGCACAGUGUAGGAGACGAGUGGUCUCCAGGUGUCGUUAACUUAGAACUGAUGGAUUUCAACUGCGUCGUUAAAAUCCCGAGCUUGAGCCCACUAGGAAUGGCAGCCCCGUCUAUGAAAGAAAGACAGGCUUGCUGGGGAGCCCGGGAUGAAUACUGGAAGUGUUUAGAUGAGAACACAGAGGACGCUUCUCAGUGCAAGAAGUUAAGAAGCUCAUUUGAAUCCAGUUGUCCCCAGCAGUGGAUAAAAUAUUUUGAUAAAAGAAGAGACUACUUAAAGUUCAAAGAAAAAUUUGAAGCAGGACAAUUCCAGCCUUCAAAAACACCUGCAAAGUCCUAGGCUGCUCCUGAACUUCUCAGAAGGUUUGAAUCAUGGUAAACAGCGUGACUUGGUCCACAUAAACAACUCUUUAAAAUGAUCAAGUAACAGAGAUUCCAUCAUUCAAACUAUGAAGAAUCAAAAUGGUAUGAAAGAUGCUUAGUUUUAGUUUAGUAAGGAAGCUAUAUUUUAAGGAAAAUUAAAGCCUAUUAUAAAAACCCAUGUUUUGUUUUGGUUGGAGUAGUAGGUGAAUCUUACAGAUGCAAACACAGGCGUACCUUGGAGAUUUGCAGGUUCAGUUCCAGAUCAGUGCAAUAAAGCAAAUACCACA